AUGGCUGACGAGCACACAUCAGGAGACGGAAGGAAUGGCUUCAAUGGUUCUCUGUUGGAUCUUGAGAUUUACACAACCAAUGAAUCUACCAAAGAAGAGCCAGAAAACCAAACCCUGUGGCCCAGAACUCUGGCUCGAAAAUGGAUCCUGAUGCUGUUCAUGGGCACCUGCCUCCUCUACUGUGCCAGGAUGGCCAUGCCGAUCUGUGCCGUCUCAAUGGCAGCCACUUUUCACUGGAGUAAGAUCGAUUCUGGGCUGGUUCUGGGUGGAUUCUUCUGGGGUUACUGUUUCACGCAGAUCCUGGGAGGACAUGCCAGUGACAAAGUGGGAGGAGAGCGUGUCCUGUUCAUCUCUGCAGCAUCGUGGGCCCUGAUCACAGCCGGUACUCCUCUUCUGGCCCAGCUCAGCUCUCACACCCUCGCUCUCAUGACUAUGGCCAGAUUCCUUAUGGGACUAUUGCAGGGUGUAUUUUUUCCAUCUUUGGCUAGCCUUUGCUCGCAGCGUGUAGUGGAAGGGGAGCGAGGCUUUUUAAUGAGCACCAUGCACAGCGGUAGUCAUCUCGGGACACUGCUAGCAGGUGGGAUGGGAUCUGUGAUGCUGGACAGUUACGGAUGGGAAAGUGUGUUCUAUGGCAUUGGUUUCCUCUCUGCACUGUGGGCACUCGUUGUUUGGAAGUAUUUAUUAAAAGGUGAAGUUACGUCUAAGCAGAUGGAAAGAAGUAAUGACACAAUGCGGAAUUUGUCCCGCUGGCUGAGUCUCUUUAAGAAGUCGCCUGUCUGGGCCAUGGUCUUUGCUCACAUGUGCAUGUGCAGUACGUCCUACACCCUGCUGUCAUGGUUGCCAACAUACUUCAAAGAAUCAUUUCCACAUGCCACGGGAUGGGUGUAUAAUGUAAUUCCAUGGCUAGCUGCGAUUCCAUCAGCGCUAGUUGGAGGAUAUGUUUCGGAUUUUCUCAUCAACCAUGGAUAUAGUAUAGCAUCUGUGAGAAAGAUAAUGCAGUUCAUUGCCAUGGGAGUGUCCAGUAUAUUUAUUAUGCUCCUAUCUGGAGGAGCAUUUACCUCAUUUACCUCUGCAGUGGUUUAUGUCUCUGCCGCUGUGGGUGUUUCCACCUUCACCAGCAGUGGUGUGUCUGUGAAUGUGCAGGAUCUCACUCCAUCAUGUGCUGGUGCCCUCUAUGGUUUUAUGAAUAUGUUGGGUGCCCUUAUGGGAGUGGUGUUGGUGUCCUUGUCAGGCUACCUGAUUGAGGUCACCCUGUCAUGGGCCACUGUGUUCUCCCUCAUCAGUUUAGUAAAUGCCACGGGUCUUGUGAUCUUCCUCAUAUUUGGAGAUGCUCAACGUGUCGACCUGGAAAAUUAUAGCCAGGUUAUUGUGAUUUGACCCAGACCUUUUGAUGCAAAUACCAGUGUGUAAGUGAUUUGUGAGAUUGGACAGUACAUUUAAAUCUCCACCAAUGGAGUCAGUCGCAAAUUUGUCGUGUCAUGUUUUGCUGAAACUGGCUGUGCAUUUUGCAAGACAAUAUACCGGUAAACACAGUACAGUGAAGUGUUUCUCAGGAAUCACUGAAGUGCCAUAUGCUAUUAAGUGUUUUCUUUGUCAUUGUUUUGACAAGGGAAUCCGAUUUUGCUGCUGCAGAAAACAACAUGGAAACAGACUUCCUCUAUUUGGAAAUGAAGGAACUUGAAUAUUGCGGGCAUGUUAUUGUUCUUUUGUGUUUUAUGUAAGUCACUCUGUAUAACACUGUCAGCUAAAUGGAAACUUAAUUCUACAAAUGUUUAUAACAGUUUGAAUAUUUAAUGUACAGAGUUUGAUUUGAAUGUGCACAAUAAUAAUUACUUAAUUUAAAGUUUACUGUUACUUCUAAA